AUGAUAGUCUGGUUUUCUGUGCAUCGCGGACUGUACGGUUCGGGGAUUCUGUUUAUCACAUGUACAUUGUCAUUGAUUUGGUGUGCCAUUAUACACGACUCGGAAUCGGUCGUGUCCAACAUGACCGUACCCAGAUUUUUGGAUAGUUCCACACGAAAUCGAGUACUGCAAACUGAUGCUGAACGAAUGAACGCCUCACGGCGACUGUGGGAGUUGUUCCAGCGCAGAAAUCAAGCAUCAGAACAAUCAUCCUCUGUCUUACUCUACCCGUCCAAUCGGAAAAACACUUCACGCUUGGAUUUGGAUCACUCGAGUUGGACAAACCUGAGGGACAAUCAAACUCACAAUCUGUCUAAUCGACGUUUACCCCAUCCACUACAGUUGUUACAUUUGGACCCGCAACCACAAUUCCCCAUACACAUGCCCCGAUUUCCCCCAGAACAUCCGUUCAAUCCGCGUGCUAUUCUCUCUCCAGCAGAAAUGCUUCGAAUGCUUGGUCGACAAAACUACAUUCCCGAAUUCAUGUCUUUUACUAAACCAAUAGAAGCGGUCAUGUAUCCGGAUGGACAUCUGACUCCAGUCCGGUUGACGAGGUGGCAAACAAAUCAACGUGUUCGAGGUUCCAACAUGGGAAGGGACCGAAACAGAAAUCGGAAUAACCGAAAUCAGCCUAGUGAAUCACCUGGACUACCAGCAGACUUGACCAGAAGGUUGGAGACAAUCGGUUAUAAUUUGUGGGCCGGUGAUUCGCAAACCAUAGUGCACCAGUUUAAUCGUCAGGCUCGAGGCUCUCGAUCCGGUCGAACGCAAACGCAAACGCGAACAGAACGUCGUCGUGCACGACAGAAACGUCGCGUACGCAAAGCUCUACGACGUCUGCUGAUGGACUAUACCUCUUGUCCAGUCUUGUAUCGUUGGCGUGAUUGGGGACAGCGUUUUUGGCCCAGAUGGAUCAAAGAAGGCAAAUGUGUGAAUCUGGGUCAAACAUCGUGUUCCAUUCCACCUGGUAUGUUUUGUGUGGAAGCCGCACAUCGAUCUAUCGUGGUGCUGCGAUUUUUAUGCUUCACAUCAUGGCCACGAUCUAGUUGUUCAUGGUAUCGUUUCAACUUGCCUGUGCUCAGUCGAUGUCAAUGUGGUUGUCUGACGAAACCAAGUAAAGUUAAAUGA